GCCUACAAGACCUUGCCUAGCUGGCUAGUCGUGGUGGAUAUCGUCGUGGUGCAUUUAGACCUCAGCUCUGCAGCAGGCACAGGGUUAUUCGGCCUACUAGGGGAUGCCCCAGUACAAAUCAUUCCAGUCUCCAACGAGACCGAAAUCGACAAAUUCUACGAUCUAGCUGAGCGCUGCGAACGUGGGAAGAAUGUCACUGCUUCACAAGAUUUUACGCGAAAAUCUGCUGAGGAGUGGAGGCAAGAGUUGAGAGAUGAUGUUUUGUACAGAUUCUCACAAAACGAAUCCGUUGCAGAGGAUUUGAUUGUAAUCAUGCAUCCGGCCAUCAUGUUUCGCCUCUGUACGCAAAUGUGCAAUCAC